AUGAGGCUGCAGGCUAUCUCAGAUGUGCUGAACCCUAUUUCGCCUCUAGCGAACCUCUCGCUAUCGGCGCCACAUAGGGUGCUGGUUGUAGGAUGUGCUUACGGUGGCCUCUCGGCAGUGGUUAACCUGCUCGAUUGCGACAAAGGGAAGGCGAGGGAUAAUUACUAUCCUGAAGCUCCAAACUUCAAAGAACAGAGGAGUAAGAAGGGUGUGGAAGUUACAGUCCUUGAUGAGCGGGAUGGUUAUUUCCACUCUGUCGGUGCUCCUCUCGCCCACACGGCACCAAAGCAUACGGUCAACAUGUGGAAGCGCUUCUCACACACCAACGAGCUUCGCUCACAACGCAACCUGAACUUCAAGCACGGCUCGCUCAAGCGGGUAGAUCCCGAAGCUAAGGUUGCUGAGUGGCAGGAUCGCAGUGGGAAGACCCAACACCAAGCGUACGACUACCUCAUCAUGGCAACAGGACUCAAGAGGCAUUGGCCUGCCGUACCCAAGUCAGGCUCAUACGAGGAGUACUUGAAGGAUGGCAAGGCCUUCAUCUCGAAGAUCGUCGGCGGUGACCCAAAGAGACCGCAGGAAGGUCGAAAAGUGGUUGUCAUCGGUGCUGGAGCUGUGGGCAUUGAGUUCGCUGGCGAGAUCAAGACCUACUACCCCGGCAUCGACGUUACGCUUAUCCACUCUCGCGACCAAGUUCUCUCGUCUGAGCCGCUGCCUUCGGAUGUGAAGGACAAAGUCAAGGACAUCCUCGUCGAAGAAGGCGUCAAGGUCAUCACUGGCAACCGCGCAGCCAUCACUGAGCUGCCAAGCGGAGAAUUUGAGGUCAAGCUUGCCAAUGGAAAUGUUCUCACCGCAGACUUCGUUAUCGACUCCACACGGAAAGGCGAACCGACCACAGAUCCCCUCCCAGAUGCGUGCCUCAACAAGGACAAGGAGAUCAAGGUCAACCUGGAUCUUUCCUUCCAGGACGUUAUCCCCAACGCUGCCUCCCACUUCGGCGUCGGCGACGUGGUCCAAUGGUCCGGCAUUAAGCGCGCAGGCUCUGCUAUGGUCAUGGGUCAGACCGCUGCUGUCAACAUCUACGCCGCCAUCCUCAACUCAGAAAACAUCAACGCACCUGCAGAAGACCAGUACAAGCCUCUCAAGCUCAAUAAGUGGGAACCCGUCAUCGGUAUUGCAAUCGGCAAGCAGUGCCUCACAUGGGGCUCAGAAUCUGGAAUGAAGUAUGGCGUGGAGGUUAUGCAGGGCUACUUCGGCGAUGAUCUGGGUUGGGCCGGCAACUUGAAGUACAUUGGGUUGACAGAUGUCGAGGAAGAGAAGGAAACUGAGAAGCCACGAACUGUCAGGAUGGGCGAAGUCGGAGUACAAGAGAUCAGUGCUGCGGCUUGA